UUAACCAGCGUAUCCCUCCGAUCCAAUCCUCAAUUUCAGUCUUCAGAGAGCGCAACAACCUGUCUGACCGAGUCGUCACGUGCCAUGGAUCGCCUCCUAACUCGCCGACUCAGAUCCUAAUCUUUUCUUCACCUUUCGUAGUUCAAAUCCACAGUCACCAAAUCCAUCAUCGUGUCCGAUCAGUCGGUACCGUGGCUAAGAGAUUCAGGGGUUUUUGCUUAGGGUUUCGGAGAGCAUAGGAAAUAUGCCUUCGGUACCCGUGCCCGUUGCGCUAUUUCUGCGCCCUUUGGCUCCUUCCUUAACUUCUUCCUUCCAUGGUGGAUCGUCUUCUCAUCGUCUGAAACGUCUCGAAAAGGGUGAUCGGCGUGGUAAUCUUAGUUGACAUUAGAUUCUUUUUGUUUCGUAGUUUCUGUUUUUUCGUGAUUUUUUUCUGGGUUCUUCUCGUUUCACGGGCGGUUUGUACGAGAUCAAAACUGGGUUUGUUGAGAAAUCGGAAAUCGAGAAAGGCUGAGAAAGUUUGCGGCUGUUUGGUAAACGCUAAGUACUCCUUCCGAGGUUGUUAUAGCCUCUGGUAUAAGAACCUGAUUUUGUCGAUGGACGCUCAAUCUUCUGAUGUAGAUGGCCUUGGAGAUGCUCUUAAUAAGUCAUUGAAUAUCCAAGAUACUCAAGAAACGGAAUCUGCAUCUGAUGGGAAUGAGGGGGAAGACUUAUGUGAACAGGAUAAAAUAUCGCAGACAACUUCCUCUAAGAAGUGCUUAAACAAGUGUGUAACCUUUCCACUUCCAAAUACAAUGCAGCCUGCGAGUUCUUCCUCAGAUGAGGAAGAUGUGGAGUCUGAAGCAGUAUCACAGGGACUCCUCUCUGAGGAAUAUAAGGAUCAAGCCUACUCACGAUCUAUAUCUUUGCCUGCCUUAUAUUUUUCCACCUCACAGACUCCUUUGAAGCUUGUAUCUGCCAUGAAAGGUAGCCGUGAGAAACAGGGGGUUCUGCGGGAGAAACUGACAGUGAAGUGGGCUCCUGAUGUGUAUGAUCCAAGGCCUACAUCGGUCUCACACUCAGUUAAGAGCAAGAGCUCACAGAAGUCAAAGAACAAGAAAAAUGAAAGGAAGAAUGGGAAGAAAGGACAGAAGGGUAACUCUUCACAGAGGAGCAGUGGCAAAGACAAGAAACAAUAUCGCAAAGCUGCUAAGAGUUCUGAUGGACUUGGGAAUUUUGAAGUUGGCAGCUCUAACUCCCACUGUGGGAGUAGCUUCCGUAGAAAAUCAUGCACUGAGAUGCACUACUCAACUGCAGAAGCUUUGUGAGGCAUCACUUUCGAUCAAUAUCCUAUCCUUUGUCUCAGGUGUGUGUAUAAAUAAGUGUUUGCCUUAUUGGUAUUGUUCGGUUUUGAUUGUCUAAGAACUUUGGAUGGUACAAGCAAAAUUUUGUUGACGUUGUGGUGAUGACCUUUCUAACAUAGUGAAAAUAUAUGGCGUUUUAUGCUUUGUACAUAGCAGUAGAAUUAUAUCCAUGUCUAGUUUGUGAUUAAA